GUGCGCGAGCGUUUUUCACAAAGUCUCGUAUACUGACGUCACCGUAUCUGUGUGUCUUCGAGCUCGCCACUAUACCAAGACCUCACCUUGCCCCAGAUGGGUCCUGCCGUGGGAAACGCACCGUUCCCAUUGUGGCCGGGAGCACUGAGCGAGACGGACCCCGCAACAUAUCGUCGCACCCGCCCGGAAUCUCACCUCCGCGCGCAAGCCUGCCUUCCAUCGCCGAUCCUCAACGCGCCCCCAUGACGCGUCCCGCCCGAGUCUAACCCCCCUCGCCCGAGUCUAACGCCUCCCCGCCCGAGUCUGACGAUGGCUGCCCUCUGGUCCCGUCACGGUCUCCACCCCGCGUCCAAGCUUUUGUCCCGCGUCCAAGCUUUCGUCCCGCGUCCAAGCUUUAGUCCCGCCCCCUAGCAGUAUAUAAACCCUGUCCGGCACCCUUCACACCAUAUGUUCCGCCUCGUCGCCCGCUCGACCGUCCCCAAAGUCACCGUUACCACCGUCCGCUACCAAUCCACAUCCAAGAUGGUCCACCAGGCAAUUGACGAGACCGCGCGCGACGCCGGCGCCGCGAAGGAGACGAGCCCGCAGAACCCGUCCGUCCUCUCAUCUGCUGGUGCCAUUGGCAAGCAGUUCAACCCGGACGGCAGCAUCGGCCAGAUUGGAGAGAAGAUUGGCGGACCGUUCUCUUCUGACGGUGCCAUUGGCAGCCAGUUCGAUGCAUCGAAGGAGGGCAUUGCUGGGCAGGUUGAGAAGGCGGUGGAUGGGCCGGCGAAGAAGUAG